AGGAAAUGAUUUGAUUUUCGCGAAGAUCUCGUGCCAGAAGUUCAUUGAGUUUUAUAGCACGGCAACAACGGUGAUCCGCUAAAUAUCACAAAAAUGUCUGCUCGUAAACGGUCAGCCCGUAACGCUGCAGUUUCAGUUCCGGAAAAAACCUCGAAAUCUUCCACCCCGGGCAAAUCAGACGCACGAGGGGUUGCUGAAUUGAUGAGGCUUCUGGAAGAUGGUGAUCGAAUCACAUGCAAUUUGCUGAAGGCAGAAAGCGACCUCAUUCUGGAAUGCAAAGUGUGCAAGUCAUUGUUCCGCAAUGUUAUGAACUUCUCGAGUCACAAGCGAAACUUUUGCAUGGAAAAAUUCGGCGGAAAAAGUCUAAAGCGAAAGGGAACUGGCGCUGGUGCAACACCCGCAAAAAUCAAGCCAAAACCUAAUGCUGCCCGAAGAAGCGACGACUUAUCGAGAGAACUGGAGGACGCCAUGCUCCAGAUGGGAGAGGGCAGCGAAGAAGAACGAGAUCCAGAGUACUUGGACGACGAGGAAGACAUCGCUGAGGAGGAAUAUGAUGCGAAGCCGGCGUUGAAAACACGGCCGUGGUCCACACCGAAGAGUGGUGAUCAGUCCAAGCUUUCCUCUGAUGUGAAUGGAAAGAAGAUGUCUGCAAUGAAAGCCGUUGAAGCUGUUGGUGAUGGUACUAAUAAAUGCAAGCAUUGCGGGAAAGUAUUUGUUAAUCGAGCCGGAACGGUCUCACAUGAACGUUACUGUGCAACCCUGACUAUGCCAUUACUCGGUCGUGGAUUGGCAUUCCACGAAGACUUCAACGCCGAUUUACCCGUCAAAGAAGAUCAAAUUUCGAAUAGCUCCCCUGUUGGAAAUGAUGGGAAGAAGGUCGUCGAGGGUCAAAUGAGCACGCCAUUAAAGCAAAUAGUUGCUUUGCCAAAAGGCGCUAUCGUGAGAUCAGCAGAAGGCCAGCAAACGUUCAUUGUUACAACAAUCAAUGGUCAACAAAGAGCCAUUCCAGUCCGGCCUGCUGCAGGUCCUCCAGGAACAAAAGCUGUCGUUAAAGUGUCCACGCCUGGUGCAUCUGGUUCUCCAGUGGCAGUGGGAACGACAUCAACAUCAGCAAGCAAGCCUGAAACGCCUGUUGAAAAACCUGAACCGAAAGAGCCAACAAAGCCAGCUCAGCAAGCACCUAUUCCCAACAGUCUCCAACCAGAUUUGGUGAAAUUAUUGAAAGAGUUCAGCGGAAUCACUGGUACGGUCCUAUUCACGUUGCCAGAGUUAGUCAAGCUGAACGGAGAUCCCCAGAGUGGUCCAAGAUUGAAGGAAUUGAUUUCCUGUCUGCCGCCUGCAGGCUUGAUUGCGUCAAAACCGAUCUCUUCUGGGGUUCUUACAAAAAUUGUCCUUUCUCGGCCGGGAGACAAAGAAGAUGGCGCUCUCAAAGUUGUAGUCAUCGAGAGUGGAUAUUCCAGUCAGGGAAGAGUGAAAAGUCGAGUGACGGAAUUGCAGUCCAGCCUGAGCGACGAAGAGCCUGAAGAAAAAGACAUGAAAGAGCCGCAGCAGUUGUUCAACGACGGCAGUAGUGGGGAAGACGAAGAGGAAGACGAGGACGAAGAAGAGAAAAUGCGACGAUCCAAGAUGUUGCUGCCGCCGCCCAAACCAGUCCUCAGAAAGAUGGAUCUGAAGAUGGACAAAUUAAUGCAAUCUGCCGUUUCAAAGCACGGCAAGAAAAAGCAAAUAUCUCGCGAAACCGACGCUGAGGGUGCGAAUACGGCAGAAGUUGAAGACGGGAUUGAUGAGUCCGUCAAGGGAAAACUGAAAUCCGAGACGUCGGACGUCACUUUCAAGGAGAUGUUUGCCAUGCCUGAAGCAGGGGAUGACGGAGCAGACGAGGACGAUCGUACAAAAUCUGCUUUGAUCUUAGUCCCGGAAGAACAGGAAGAUCCAGACUCAAACGUUCGACGUAGAUUCAAGAACAGUCCGUGUGUUAGACCGUCUUUUACCCGACUGUGUUCGUCGCUGAAAAUGCCGCUCAGUCAGUUAUCGAAUCCAAUGCGUAUAUUUGUGACCCACUACCCAUUGGACUUGAGUGAUGAGAUGAACGUGUCAAUAGGACUGUGCCAUUUCUGCGAAGUGCAUGGCCCUUCUGUUGUGGCUUGUACCCGAGCCUUCAAAUCGCGACCCACGGAGCACAGACAGAAUGACGCUUGUGAAAGCUGUGCCGCGUGUUCCCCGGUCUUCAUUGGUGAAGAUUCGAGGGCAGUCAAUGGGUUCGUGACGCACGAUGAGGAAACCGGCGUUUGGUUCCUAACGAGCGGUAGUGGUGUUUCGGACGUAUCAGUAAGCAACGAUCAAACAUUUUGGUCGUUGCUUCGUUGUGCGUGUGUGCGCAGUCUAAGUUGCGAGUUUCAUCCGACGACGGAGGACGGUCGCCAUUCGCGUGAGGGGAUAUACUUCGGAGAUCCGGAAAGAGGUCAUACACUCAGCUUCACCUUUUCGCUGAAAGAUUCGAAAGCGCGAGGUUUCAAGAGGUCGUUCUCAAUCAUUGUAUUUAGCUACGAUCGUGCCUAUCUUAUGACAUCAUGGAAGUGGUUUUCUGCUGGUGUGGAACGGUUUGUGAACUUCGCCGCUAUUUCAGCGAACAAUGUGUUUGACAAUGACCAAGCUCAGGAAUGCGAACGAGCUGCUCGACUAGAGCGGAGAUGCCUACUACCGGAUUCGCACUUCCGUUCAAUAGUUUCGAUCACUGGUAUGAACGAUAUAUUCCAUAAGUUCCAUGAAAAUGUUGUAUGGACUCUCAAAACAGCUGAUGCGCGAUUUCAGCAAGUUGCCAUCAGGCCACCGAUGGAUUCCAGCAAUAGAAAUGCAGCACUUCCUGUUUACGCAAAUUUACAGCCUUGCGUAGAGCUGGUCCGUGGUUGGUGCAAAGUUCCAGAAGCUAACGUGGAGCGACUCCUGGAAGCUGUUGUCACAGGAAGAAGUCCGGUCAUUUUGUUUUGUGCUGGAGGAAGUGAAGAUGCGAGUUGUCGCGUGCUUGCAUUAGGCGAACUUCGUUCGACUCAACUGUCUAAUCGUAUUAAAGUAGUUCCCGUGAGUGAUCUGACGGUGGAAAGUGAGGACUUGAAAGAGUUGGACAUAAUCGGAGUAACCUGUGCAAGGAGUUGCUUUCCUGGGCAAUUAAGCUCACGUUUGCAUUGGCUGAGCUCCAAUCGGCUUGGGGAAUGGAGUGAAAUAGGCAACGACGAAGACACUGUGGUUGCCUUCCAGGACCGGCAUCUGCAUGACAAACCUUCGGAGUAUGUGAGCAAGUUCUACAAAGCCGUGAGGAAUGAAUCCUUGUCCAUUGAACUCUUGUCUUCACUAUUACUUGCCAUGAAACAGAAGACCGUGAUUAAGGCGCGUAGUUAUGCCGCAAUUAAAGCAGUGCAGCCUGGUUGGAGUGAUCAACGGAUUCUGUCAACAUUGUCGAUCCCCAAUUGUGAUGCGAAGCUGAUUCAGCAUUGGGCGAAGGGUUUCUUGUGAGAGGUGCAUUUUUAUUCUUGGGGAGGGGAAAAGUUAGUUCGGUUUCAAGUACAAACUGACCGACAGGCGCAUGGGUUAAAUUGAAUAAGUGAGUCACGUGUGUUAGGAGCCUAUUAAUUUUUACCUGGGCUGCCUUCAUCUACGAGCACACAUCUCCCUCGAUAUUUAUUCUAUUUUCCAUGAAAAUUCUACAUGAAACAAAGGAAGGGGAAGUUUGAGUUGGUUGAUACCUUGACGCAGUUUUCACGUGCUGAUUUUGUUCUGAGAAUUCAGCAUGUGAAGUUCAUCGCUCAAAUGUUUCAAAAGUGAGAAAAAUAUAUUGUGAGUUAAACCAA